AGUCCUGAAACCCAGCCUCCCUCUGCUCUAACCCACUAAACCUCAACCCCCUCCCAGGCCUGCCUCUACUGCUAUCUCCUCCCCGAAGGCAAGGCCCGGGUGGCUGGGGAGAGGUGUGGGCUGGCUGAGCUCCCCUGGGGGAGGAGGGCUGUGGAUACCUGAGGUCGCAGCUCACCCAGCCGUGCAGGUUGGCGGGAAUGUGCUGCAGGGGGAAAAUGUGACUUAGGGUUGAUUUUGCAAUGCUCAGGGCUGUGAAAUCUCCCAUCUGCAUCACGGGGCAGGCUUGGGUGACCUCUCUAGAGCAGUUAUUUGCCAACCUGCCUCCCGUUCCCACAGCCAGCUGCUUCAUCGCUGCUCUGUUCACAGCAGCAUAUGCCUGGGCACCAUGUGGGUGCCCCUGCCCCUCUGCCUGCUGUCUGCUCUCCUGGCCACAGGAAGUGCUCUGCUAUGUGAGGUGUGUAAGUCCAAAGAGGAAUUGAGCUCUGGCCCCCUGCAGCUCUGCGCCCCCUUGCGUGGGACCUGCCUCAUUGCUGUGGCAGGGUUCAACCUGGGGGCAAACUUCUUUUGCUAUGUGGCUAAGUCGUGCCUGGCACCCAAGAGCUAUGAGGCCGGCCCCUUUACAGAGACCUUCCCAUGCAAUAUCACCAUGCGGGUGAACAUCGCCUACUGUGACACUGAUGGCUGCAACGCCGGGGCCAUCCCAGGUCAAAUCUGCUGAAUUUAUAAGCACAGAGAUGGAUUGUCUAGCUGCUGUCCUUCCAGACUCAUAUGGGAAAUCUGAGUCAAAAUGGGUUUUUCUUCCUGGCUCAAGCAUCCCCAACAAUGAAGGUUCUGCAGUUAACACUUGUUAACAAGGCAGUGGUCAAUGCAUGAGGCA